AUGUGCAAAGAUGGCCGCGCACAGCUGGUAGGUGUUCGGGUGUUCGCUACGCAAGUAAAUUAGAGACUGGCGUUACUUGAGACCCGAAAUCAGUCGCGACAAUUUCAGCUGCACGUGUGGGCGACCCACAGCGUCCACCUACGCACGUACCGCAUGUCGACCGCUAAGCGCGCGUCAAGCAUGGACAGCACGGGGUACGAUUCGUCGGCUAGCACACAGUCGAAUCAGUCAUCGGCAUCGGCGUUACGGGGUACGUUUUACGCUGUCUACCUCUACACUAACAGUCCCAAAGCCCAGCUGCAGCAACAGCAGUCCGAAACCGAAACUUCGGCCGACGAAGCUUCACAAAAACCUCCCGCUACGAAACCGCCCAAGUCUCAAACGAAGGAAAGCCUGUCUUUGCUCGCCACUGAUCUCGGAGCCGUUGCCGAGACGGACCUUCGCUGCUUCCUGAUCAAGAAAGUAGCCCGAGACUUGCAGGACACGAGGGGCAAUGUGGACCCUAUGGAAAUGACUUUAGGUGAAAAGGCAACCACCACUGCGAUGUGUUUCCACCAAGCUUUCACAAAGGUAGCUUCGGAGUCCGAGAAGAAAGAGCAACAGGCGUACGUCUUGUGCUUUAUCGCCCCUGACGAUGGGACCUUGGACUUGUACUGCACAGACCUCGAACGAUUUGGAAAGUCACUGCUACCACUGCUAACCGAUUCGGAAAUCGACUUCAAGUCAGCGUUGACCAGCUCGCUGGAGGAGUGGCACUACAUCACCGUCCUCUACAUGAGCCGCUGCGUGGAGGCCUUCGCUGAGAACAUCGCGGUUCUCCUACAAGCGGCAUUAAACGAGGCUCCAGUAAACGUGGCGACAGAAAACUCUCGGGAUAAAAGUGAUGUUGAGAAGUUUAUGGAAGCCUGCAACCUUCGUGGGCUUGAAGGCCAUAAGCGAGACUAUGAGGAAACCGAGAGUGGAUGUGAGCCCCAAGCUGCUGUCGAAAUCGUCUCUGAAGAUGACCGCCUCCUUGCUCGAAAUGCAGAGGCCUCACCAUUCUGCCAGUGUUGGGCCGCUCGGCUAGUCAAGUCCAGGGACGACGGACCACUGAUUCUUCGGCGCAUUAUAGAGGGAUUCAAGAUUCGUACCAUCCAGAACCUGAAUCUUGUGAAGCGACUUGUAAAAGAGGCAGAAAAUGACCACUACGCCCUGUUCAAUGCGUACCAGUUCCUGAAGAAGUGCGGCUACUGGGAAGCCUUGCUUCAGCGAGCCGUCAACGAAGGUUCGGUGGUGGCCACACCCGAAGGCCGAGAGGUCAUCGAACUUCUGCAGGAAAGGCUGGCAGCCAAUGCCCUCGCUGGAAGCCAAGUGCCUGUCAGGAACUCUGCCUGACAUGUUCCCCCUCAAAAAUAAAUGUUUAUA